AUGCAAUACGAUACUCGUACUUAUCCUAAUAUCGACGAGAGCCACAUGACAACGAUGAAUGAGACGGACGACAUGAUUCCGAUCGCUUCACCCAUAUUAUCGACUUCAUUUAGUACGAAAAUCAAGGAUAGGUCAGCAUCUACAGAAAUCACAAAUUAUGAAGCUACAGCAAAAAGUGAAUCUUUUACAUUUACUGCUACUGGAACAUACACAACAGUUCCUCCCGACAUUUGCUAUCGUACUAAAUCAUGUGAUUUUACUGUUGAUAAUCGCAGUUCGACUAUGUUCGCCGCUACUAUUGCUUUUAAUUGUUCAACAACAGAUUCGUUUGAACUAUUUGUAUUUUUCGAUGAUUUCGCAGUAGAUAAUUGUAUUGUCACUAACGAUAAUUCAACUAGUACAAAUUAUACCAUAGUGAAUGUUCGUUGUGAUAAUAUUACGAACCACGCUGGCCGAAAUUGGACAUUUAGUUUGGGCGAAAAAAAUUCCCCUGGCCAAACUAUAUUUAAUGAAACAUUUACUAUUACAUUAGAGCCAUUAUCUCUCAAUACAUCUGCCUUUAUUAAUGUAGAAACUAUUAACAAUAUAACAGCAGCACUCAUUUCUAUACCAAAUUGUACAAACAUAUGCGAUAUAGAAUAUUUGAUGAUUCGCUGUAAUAGUUCGAAUCCAUCCAAUGAAAGACUUGCACAAAAUUGUACACAUACGUGUUAUAAUAUUGAACCAAGUUCAACUUAUAAUAUCUCAUUAGUUCGAUUGCCUAUUCCAAAAGCAGAUAAAAUAGACCUUGGACCCGAUGGUAGUUUCCCAGAAGAGAUUCUUGAUAAAGAAUUUGCGACAGAACUUGACAAAGUAACAGGGUUCAAUUUUAAAGAAGAUCUACAUAAUAAACAUAAAGCUUUCAUUGAUUUUACUUGUCCGCGUGGUAAGUUCGAUCAAAUCAAUUUAACUUGCUCCGCACAAGAUUCAAUUUGUUCAAAAAAUAUCACGAAAGUUAUGAGUUCAGUUCAAAACUGUGCAAACUCUAGUUUUUUUUCGAUUUCUCCUAUAACUAGAGGAGUUUCAUACAAAUGUCAAGCAAGAACUAUCAGACAAUAUUUCAAUGAUGCUAAUUCUGAUAACUUCACAUUCGUAACGAACCUUGAACCAGUAGACUAUGACAACAAUACCUUAACAAACACGACGCAGUUUACAUUUGAUGUUAAUCAGAACAGUGAUUUUAAUCAGCUGGAAUCUAUUUGUGAGACUGAUCAAAGACAAGCUCCAUGUAUUUAUCUAAAGACAAUAUAUAGUAAAUGUGCAACAAAGCUUAACAUUAGUGGUAUUUUCGGAUGUAACUAUGUAUGCUAUUUUGUUACAACAAAAGUGAAUUAUAAUAAUACAAAUUCCAAAAACUACAACUUGCAUAUUCUACCUCCGCCACCAAUUCUCUCUUAUACGAACAUAACUUCUAAAUCAAUAUCAGUCAAAUGGGAUAAAAUCACACCAAUAUAUAUGAAAUCUUUUGAAGUGUUUGUAAACCAAAGCCUAAAUGAUACUCUCAAUAGUACAACAUAUUCGUAUACAAACUCGUAUCUUUUACCGAAUCGACAAUAUAAGUUUCGCGUAAAACUUGUUUCAAAUCAUGAAAUCAAUUCUGAUCCUUUGAUUUUAACAACAUUAGAAGAUGCACCCGGACAACCCACUGAGGAUGAGGUAGCAGAGAAAAUCGUUCCAAUCGAGAAUGAUGCCGAAUCACAAAGGGAAACAUAUGUUGUUGAAAUAUAUGAAGCAUUAUUUUCUCCAGAUAAUGGAGUUCUACGGUACUAUAAAAUUUAUGUACGUCAAGAUCAAAGUAACAAUGCAUCGCAGCCAGGUCCAAUUGGGACAUACCAUGAGGCUUUUGAAAAUGCUGCACUUGAUUAUUUAGCUUUAAAUCUUUCAAUAUCAUCAUCGAAUAAUUCUUCUCUGAAGAGUAAUAAUUUUCUCCGUUUAAAAAUUGGUAAUGAAACAUGCUCUACGAGUGAUUCUGCUCCAAGUUCUACUUGUAAUGAUAAAUUGAAACCAGGUACAAAUUACAAACUCAUUGUGAGUGGUUGUACACGAGCAGGUUGUACAUCUGUACUGUCGAAAGCAUUCCGAACAAGAAUUCUGCAACCCAAAGGCUCAAAAACAUCACCCUGGUGGAUUGCAUUUCCUAUUUUAGCUAUACUGCUUAUUGUGGCUUUUUUUGUUGCACGGGCUCGGCAGCAAAAGAAAAAAAAUAUUCCAUUGAUUCCUGUUAUUAAAUCAAUGAAACCUCGGCAACUUAUCGACUGUAUACGUAUACGUCAAGAACGUGAACAUGAUAUAUACCGAGAAUAUGAACGUUUAGCACAAGUGUCUCCUCGUCUUGAUCAAUCGGAUCAAGACCCAGACUUCGAGGAGUAUGAUCGUUACAAAAAUAUUCCUGCUCGUGGAGCAUGGGAAUCAACAGCAGUUCGUCUAACAGCUGAACAUCGUUUUCAUGAUUAUAUUAAUGCUAAUGAAAUCAGAAGUUUCGAUCAAAAACAACUAUAUAUUGCAUGUCAAGGUCCAUUGCCAAAUACAUGUGCAGAUUUCUGGGAUAUGAUUAUUCAAUAUAAAGCACGAAAAAUUGUUAUGUUAACUAGAACGGAAGAGCAAGGCAAGUGUAAAUGUCAUCUCUAUUUUCCAAAACAUGACGGUGACGUCUUCAAAUUCAACGCAACUACUGUGACAUUAACUUACAGUGAACAUCAUCCUCAUGCAAGUCUCGAAAUUCGUUAUUUAACUAUUCGACAAUUUAAUAUGAAACAUAAUGUUAUUCAUUAUUAUUAUACUGGCUGGCCGGAUUUUAGAGUUGUCGAAGCAAAAAAAUUAAUUGCUCUCAUUGAAACAGUAAAUAGACGUAGCGUAUCGGCAUCUCAUGAACCCUGUAAAAAAACAAAUAAUUCAUUAUCAAUACCAAUCGUUGUUCAUUGCAGCGCCGGUGUUGGUCGAACAGGUACUUAUAUUGCCGUAGAUACAAUUAUUCGUCUACUUGAUAUCUCUUAUGAUGAAUUACAACGAUUGCAACUUGAUGUUAUGGGUAUUGUUUAUCACUUAAGACAGCAGAGAGUCAACAUGAUUCAAACGCAGGAUCAAUACUUAUUACUAUAUCAUUGUAUAGAAGAAUAUUUAAGAAAAACAAGACGAUUAGAAGCUGUUUUACUCAUGUACAAUGAAUACGUAAAUUGUCCCGAUGGAUCGACCCUACCAGAUCCUCAUGAUCUAGACCCAGCAUCGUGUAGCGAUGUACAAGCAUCCUAUCCAAAUGUUGUUCCACAGCCUUAUCAUGUUCCUCCAGAAAGAGAGAGCUAUUAUCCAACAAGAUCAAAUACAAUUGUAUCAAUAACUAGCCGACAGAGCAAUCGAUCACGUAUUAGCAGCCGUCGGUCAAUGCCAAAUCCAGUAAAAACUGGUUAUCACCAAAACGAUCAUAUAGUUCCACCUUUGCCACCUGGAAGCAGUAUGAAAGUACAAUAUUCUGUGAACAGUCUACAUGGAAAUACUUAA